UCCAACCAAAAACCCUACAACAACCAUCCUUGCUCACUCACUCACUCGUGAGGUCACGUGAACUCCGCUCUAGGGCGAUGGGCCGCGGCGAGGCUUUGGCUUUGCUCCCGACGGAUUCGAGGUUGAGAUAGAGCUGAUAAGCAGAACUGCUGCGCGUGCGAUUGUUUGACAAAUAGCUCUUAAACAGAGAGCAACGACAACAGCAACAGGAGUAGUAGCAGCACAAAGAAAUGGCAUCAACCUCACAUCCCUCGCGCGUAUCCACGCCCGUCCCUGCUCCCACCACCACCGCCUCCACAUCCCCAACCCCCCCGACAUUCCCGUUCCCGAGCAUAUACUCCUUCCCGCCAUUCUUCACGCGGCAGCCAAACGGACAGACAUGGUCCUCCCAGCUCUCGCUUUGGAACUCGCUGAUUCUGGCGUAUUGCCGGUUUCACAAGAUAUGGCGGGUUGAUCUUAAUACGGCUGUUGAGUGGGAUUUGUUUAGUAAUAAGGAGAUUAAUCGAUCGCUGAAAUUAGAUACCUGCAGAGAAAUCCUGAAUGACAUGGUCAAGAAAGGCGACGCGGAGUGGGUUUCCGGCAGCGGCAGCGCAAAGGAAGGCAAAAACACCAGUGCCAUAAUAUUCUGGCGGCGGCCUGAAGAAUGGGCUAAUCUUAUUUCUGAUUGGAUCGACGCUACUGGACAGAAGAACGCGAUCUUGACACUCUACGAAAUCUCCGAAGGCGACUCUUCAUACACACAAGGUACCCACUCCCCAUAUCCCGUUACAAUUCUACAUAUCCUAACCUCAUCUCAUGCAGAAUUCCACGGCAUUGACUCCACGAUCCUCCGAAAAGCGCUGGACGUACUGGUUCGAAGAGGACAGGCGCAGAUCAUGAGGUCCGCGGAUGGCGAGGAGGCUGGUGUUAAGUUUUUUGGAGUUCAGUGAUUCUGAUUUUUGUUUUUGGUUGUGUAUGUGUAUAUAUGGAUAGUGAGUAAGUUGAGUGUAUGGGUAGUUUUGGAUGGGAGUGGAGGAGGAGGAGGUUGAUUCGGCACUCUAUCAAAUGCAGAGAAGAAACCCCCCUCCCCCUUCAAAUAAAUCAAAUAAAAAAGCAAGACAAAAUUACCUCAUCUCUCA